AUGGCAGAAUCGGCAGCAGCGCGAGUCGAUUUGCGAUACCGCGACAAGAUCCUUUCUGUCAACGAUGUGCCAGUAGAAGACAAGUCACAUGACCAGAUUGUGCAGAUUGUGCAGCAAGGUCGCGUCCUUAGAUUAAGAAUCAAGCGAUUAAUGAGCUGGCAGACGACAAUUGAGAAGGACGACGCCGGAUUUGGCUUUGGGGUCAGAGGAGGCGCUGAUUUUGAGCUUCCGCUCUAUAUUCUCAGACUUCACGAGACAACAAAUGAGAUAAAGUUUCGUGGAAUCCGUGUUGGAGACAUUCUCCUGGCCGUCAAUUCCGUCAACAUCGCCUCGUUCACCCAUCAACAAACUGUCGAUCUCAUCAAGAAAAGCUUCCCGACAUUGCAUCUGAGACUUCGCCGCGGAAACGGAACUGUUCCCGCCUUAUCCCGAGGCUUAUCGAGAUGA